UACGCACAGACAAGCGCACAGCAUCUUUUUGUGAACGAGGCUAGAUGCUAAAGUAGCCCUAGUGUUGGCCUCACAGACUACAGAUCCAUAAAAGACGUGCGUUAUCGCUGCGUUUAACCGGUUAAAACCGGCGGUCGACACAUCCAGAGGGGAAGUACCUUUGGCCUGCAACAGCGUAGUAUUCAACAACAAACUUUGCUAUGGGAAAAAAGUCUCGCGAAGAGGAGUCGUCAUCCUCUGAUGAGGAAGAAUAUGUUGUGGAGAAGGUGCUGGACAGGAGGGUGGUGAAAGGCAGGGUUGAGUUCUUCCUGAAAUGGAAAGGAUAUUCCGAUAAGCACAACACAUGGGAGCCAGAGAAGAAUCUGGAUUGCCCUGAGCUUAUUGCAGAAUUCAUGAAGACCUACAAGAAAAGCAGUGGUGGAAGCUCCACACCUAGCAGCGGGGGCAGUAAAUCAAGCACAGGCUCCUUGGUGCGAUCCAAAGACUCGAGUAGCUCGAAGAAGAGAAGCUCAGACGAUGAUGAGGAGGGUGGAAGUAAACCCAAAAAGAAAAAGGAGGAUGACAUUCUAGUUGCUCGCGGCUUUGAGAGAGGACUUGAGCCAGAGAAGAUCAUUGGAGCAACUGACUCAUGUGGAGACCUAAUGUUUCUUAUGAAGUGGAAGGACUCUGAUGAGGCUGAUCUCGUGCUUGCCAAGGAAGCCAAUCAUAAGUGCCCGCAGAUUGUCAUAGCCUUCUAUGAGGAACGUCUCACCUGGCAUGAAGACAGUGACAAGAAGGAGAAGGAUGCUGUCAGCGCGUGAGUGCAUCACCUCAGGAGGAAACAGGACCUCCUCCACUGCAGGGACAACCUUGAUUCAGACAUUUCUCACACCAGACCUCCCAUCCUUCCUCUUUACCAUGUCCAACAAUGACACAAAGACAGAGGACACAGUUGUGUUAUCUCCAUCCUUGCCCCAUUGGAGCACAAGGGCCCAGACUGCUGAGAAGGAUCCAUCAGACAGGAGGAGAAGCUGUAGCGGACAUGGGUGAAAUGCUACUGGGGAGGGUUUCUGCUGUUCUGUCUUUGUAUUCUUUACUGUCUUUUUUUAAAAUGUCUUAACACAUUAUGGUUUAGUGCUUACAGAAUACAAUUAAGUCAUUAAGAUAUUUUGCAUCUAUGUGUGCAGGUGGCCAUCUGUUAAAACUCAGAACAUAGUCUUGAAAGCCAGCGUUGGUACAAGCUGUAGUAACCAUGAGUUUGUCCUAAGGUCGGUGCAGAACCCCCAUCCUAAAAUAUUUGUAAGCAGUGCAACCACAGCAGCAAUUUCCUGACUACAUGAUCACCUCCUUGGGUUUUUUUUUAACAACUUUUUUUAUCUCUUGUAGAUUUUAUUUUUCAGUUUGUCCUGUCUACCAGGAUAAAACUACACAAUUUGCAAACUUGCAGAGGACACCGGCCAACUAUGUCUCUAUAAUGUAGUGAUGAUAUUGUUGUUCAUUUUUUUUUUAAUGUCAUUUUUAAAUCUCUUAUUUCCAAGUUUUAACGUGAACUUCUGUGUGGUGUUUUUUUUAAAUUUCUUUAUGAUAUCACCAAUUGAAGAAAAGGGCAAUAAAUUUUACUGAGUUUUGCACCCUUUUUAACAGCAGUGUUAUCUUUGGACCAGUCUUAUUUUCACAGGUUAGACAAUCUUCACUCUUUACAGUCAAAAUGAAACCAGCAUUCACGCCAGCCAUUGGGGUCUGCCACCUUGUGGCUAAAAGAUGAUCUUUUUGACUGUGUGACCAAUCUGUAUGACAACUCUGCAGUUAGUGACAGGCUGAUAGAUAUUUUUUUGACAUGAUUUUCAUGAUAAUAUGAAAUAUUAAAACCAAUUUCUGAUCAGGUUAUGCAUAUCCCAGGUUUUAUUGUGGCGAGUAAUUUGAUUGUUCUGGGUUGUCAGAAAAUUUUUCUGGGACAGUGUUGCUACCUGCCAAGCAGAGGUCAGUUCUUGUACACAAGAUGGACACUGACUCUGUAGUUUAAUCUGCUGUGCUCCUACAUGGACUCUUAGGACCAAAUGUUUAGUGUUGUGUGUUUUUUUUUUUUUUUUUUUUGUCUUAAUUGCUUUGGCUUUAUUCGGCAUUGUGAACGAAAGCUGUGACUUUCUCCCCUUUACAUACAGUUCAUAAAUCAUGUCCCUUGGUAUCACAUAGGUCAUAAUUUUGUCAUUUUCUUUGAUUAAAAAAUAUUUCUUUUCAGA